UGGCCAUGUGACGCAACAAGUUGACUGGUUGCUAUGCCAGCUGUGGUGUUCUGUGGUGAAAAGCGCGCCGGCGUCGGCCCUACCGCCUGCCUCUGGCUGUUGGCGUCAGCAAAGCUGCCGGCCGGACGUAACGUAGAAGGAUGCGCGUUUAGUCACUGACUUGGCGGUUAUCACUGAUAAAAGAAAAUGGUGAGCGGAGAGCCAGUGGAGGACUUGCGGUACCUGUUCGACUCGCUCUGCGUCGACGACGAAGGCUACGAGUCGCCGAAUCACGAGGAUGACGGCGACGCGAGUCCUACAGUGCGACGCCGAGGUCCCCUGCGUCACGAGACGGCGCCUCGGCCAUGCCCGCAUCCGUAUCGUUAUGGCAGCACCGACGACUGGCGGAGCCCCUCGCCCGACUACCGGUCUUCAUCGGUCGACUCGGCCGUUUCGCUGUCUCCGCCGGCAUCGAACGAAACGUGUCACAGCACCGCGAGCAGCGGCACUGAAGACUACGGCGAUCCCGAGAAACAAGCAAAAGUAGAGGCGAUCUUGCAAUUCCUGCAUGAAGGCGAGCCCGAACCCGUGCCAGUCGUUGAACCUUUGCCAGUCGUUGUACCCUUGCCAGUCGUUGUUGAAGAGCUCAACCGCGGGUCUGCCUCUCGGUUCAAGCCCAUCCUGCCGCGUGAAAAAGACAGGCCCCUCGGCAGUGUGUGCAGGGACAAGGACCCUGUCAGCCCUCCUGCCAAGCAUCCCGACCUAAAGUGGCCUCAGCAGGCACAUCUGCGCAAGGCGCUACCCCUGUCUGCACGCAACCAUGCAGCUGCUAUUGUUGCGAGGCUGCAAGCCGAUGGCAGCCUAAUGACUCGAGACUCGCAGGGCCGCACGCAUCUGCACGAAGCCGUGGCCUGUGGGAAUCUGGCACUGGUCUACAGGUUGGUGGUGCGAUUUUGCCGGGACAAUUCCAGCAGACUCCUCGAUGAGUGCGACCUCAAUGGGCAGACCGCACUGCACUAUGCGUGCCAGCUGCGACAAGCCUUAGUCGUGGGCCUGUUGUGUGAGGCCGGGGUGCACCGGGACAUGCGGGACAAAGACGGUGCCACAGCUAUGCACCUGGCUGCAGAGCGGGGAGACCAUCCCUGCAUUGAGCAGCUGCUGGCACCCCCGUGCCCUGGCUCCGUGAACGCCCAAGAUGUCAAAGGGCGCACACCACUUCACCUGGCGGUUCUGUGCCAUGGAGGGAAACUGCGCAACGAGAGCAGCAGAGGCCAGCAGCCAACGUACGAGAUAAUUGACUGCCACACGGUGGUCAAGCGGCUGGCCACCACGACCAAUGCCCAGCUAGGCUUGCAGGACCGGGUUGGAGAGACUGCCUUGCACUAUGCCGCCCAGCACCACAAGGUUGACCUUGUGCAGCUUCUGCUGCUGAAUGCGGACAACCCCAGCCGCCUGGUUGCCAUUGCCAAUAAUGCGGGUGACACAGCACUGCACAUGGCUUGCCGUUCACCCAGCCGAGAGCAGGACAGGCUGGUGCGCCUGCUCGUGCACCAUGGAGCACCCCUGGAGGCACGCAACAAGGAAGGAAUGUGCCCAGUUGACCUGCUGCCCCCUGACCAACAGUUGGAGGUGGGCUUGCUGCUGGACAUCUGAAGAGGGCCAAGCAAGCUGCCCGCCAGAUCCGCUGAGCACAUCUUUUUGGAAUUACCCAAGAGAUUUGGCAUAUGCAUGUCCAGCUCAGUUGGCUGCGCUGUGACUCGUUGCUAUACGAGCCAGACACCAUGUCUGUUAUAGCACAUACUCAUAACUUUGGCCCCUACCACAUUGCAAGAAGUGUUGAAGUGAAAAGUUUGUUCCUGCAGCUGCCUGUUGGCUGGCAAAGAGGGGCUGAUUCUGGACUCCCUCUGUGUAAAUAUGCACCGGUGGCUUGGACUGGGAUUCAGAGUGCAGUAAUCAUUGUUGCGUCUGAAGAAGAGUGAAGUUACAAUAACGUGGGCCUGCAGGCAGAGUUAAAAAACUGUCUUGGGAUAGGUUCAUCAAUUGAGUACACUGAAAAGUUGUCUCGGC